AUGUUCCAACCUAGAAUACUCGUCCACCUUGGUGCUUCUGAUGUUCCAGAGCAGUUCAGGGAAGAGUCAUUAGUUUGGGUUAGAAAGGCUGUUGAGCGUGGUGCCGAAGUUGCUAGAACAGGAGCACCAGCAGAAGAUAUUGUUGCUGCUACAGUUUGCGUUCUUGAAGAUUGCCCAGUUUCAGAUGCUGGCUUUGGUGCAGUUUUCAAUGCUCAGGGUAGCCACCAAAUGGAUGCUGGUAUUAUGACCGGUGAUAAAAGAUAUGGUGCAAUUUUAUCAUUACAUGGCGUCCAAAAUCCAAUCAACGUCGCUCGUAAGAUGGUUGAUGAUCCACGUUACUCAAUUCUCUCGGGCGCAGGUGCUAUGAAAUUUGUUGAAGAAUUAGGCAUUCCAAUAUUACCAGACGAAAAGUUCGAAACAGCAUACAACCGUUAUAUCCAGGAUCAAUUUUCUGGCCACGGUGAUCCGUUAGAUCUCUUCGUUCAGCCACCACCAGACCACGGAACUGUUGGCUGCGUUGCUAGAGAUAUUCAUGGACAUAUUGCUGCAGGCACUUCUACAGGCGGAACACCAUUUGCUCCAACUGGUCGUGUCGGAGACUCCCCAUUCCCUGGCUGCGGCGUUUAUGCAAACGAUGAAGAGGGCUGCUGCUCUUGCACAGGCUACGGUGAGGCAAUUCUCGUCGAAUUACUUGGUGCUAAGACUGCUGAGCGCUUGCCAAAGAUGAAUCCUAUGCAAGCCGCUAAGGAGGCAAUUAACGCUUUCGCUAAGUCUCCAAGACAUGUCGGUGGCGUUAUUUGCAUCAAGAAAGAAACAGGCGAAUAUGGCCUCUAUCAUAAUACUGAACAUAUGCCGUUUGCUAUGCUUAUGGACGACGGUUCCAUUGUAUCUGGCCUCUCUGUCAGUGAGCUUAAACAGUAA